ACUAUAUCCGACAUCCACUGCACAUUACCAGUACCCAUGUCCGCACCCCAAUCUCGUGUCACCUUCGCCUCUUUAACUCCAAAUAACAUUGGCACAGUUCGCAAGUUGAAUUCAGUCUUGUUUCCUAUCAAAUACAGCGAAAAAUUCUAUAAUGACAUCCUCCAACUGGAAGUAGAGGACUUUUGCAAACUUGUAUACUACAAUGACAUUCCAGUCGGCACAAUUUGUUGUCGGUUGGAAACCAACGGUGAUGAAACAAGGCUCUAUCUUAUGACAAUGGGUGUUCUGGCCCCGUAUCGCUCGCGAAAGUUGGGCUCCCAAAGCCUUGAACUCAUCCUCGCUGCAGCGGCAACUCAGACGAAACCCAAAAUCAACAAGAUUUAUCUACAUGUCCAGGUAUCAAAUGAAGGAGCAAAGAAAUUCUACGAACGACAUGGAUUCAUUGAGGUCGACGUACACAAGGAUUAUUACAAGAAAAUUGUCCCUCACGAUGCUUGGGUACUCGAAAAAGCAUUUCAAUGAACCGUCAAGCAAGCAAAUUUAGACUUGCAUUGUUCAAUGUAGAUAAUCUAUAUCCGUAAAAUUACUUUUGCUCAUUCAGA